CCCGCUGCCACGGUUAGAGCUUUCCCUCACUGCUAGAGAAGUCGUUCCUCUUACUAACAAAUGUUGAAUUAGCCAUUGCGUGUUGAAAUACACACUAUUGAGAACACGUGUCAGUCACAGGUGUUUACAGGCGAUAGAGGCAACGUGAGUGAAGUUUGUGGCGACUGACCGAGACCAACUGGGACCAGUUAAGUUUACCAGUGAAGUGUACCGUCGUCAUGGCGGAUGCUGAUGAGCUGUUUGAAACAAUCAUGCGGGAGCUAAACGACGUGGUCCUUUCUGAAAGUGGCGAUGUUGAAGAAGAGCUGGAGGAACUUCCCUUUCUACAGGACACGGUCUCCGAUGAUAUUCCACCCUCUCUGCUCAGUUACUUUGAAAGUUCAAAAAGCAGAGCAGCGAGAAGUGAGAAGUUCAUUCUUGAGGAACUUGAAGACCUCACUGCAUCACGUCACACUGAGGACAUGGAUAAUUUGCCUGAUGAACUCGAUAAGGACAUGGCGAAGAAGUUGGUUACUUUUGACACAGAAAACGAGUCCAUCUCUUCUGCUGAGACAGAAGCACCUUUUUCUCACGAUCUGUCAGUGUGUCCUGACAUUGAAGAUGAGACUGAAACAGAUGAAUAUGUGGGGCCUGGACUGGGAGUCACUAAGAGCUCAGAGGAAGAGGAACAGAUGAAAAAUAGCACAGAAUCCCAUAGAGAACACAGAGAGAAAAAAUGCUGUGAGGAGAUGAAGACAGACGAGAAGAGGAGACAGAGACACAGAGACUUCCAGGAGGAGCUGAAGAAGAUCAUGGAGGCAGAGAAGCUUCAUCAGAGAGAACUGGAGUUGAUGAAGAAGAGAGCUCAGGAAAAGCUGGAAGUGGAGUUUCUUCUUAAGCAAGAGCUGAUCUGCAACUUACAAAAACAAGUGGAGGAGGAAAAAAAGAUGAGAGAGGAGGAGCAGAAAAGGUUCAAGGAAGAGGGGGAGAAGAAUAGGAAGGAGGAAGAAGAAAAGAGGAGAAGAGAGGUUGAGGACAUGAGGAAAAAGGAAGAAGAGAUAAUUAAGAGGGAGCGCAUAAGGAUGGAGGAACAGAUGAGGAGACAGAAAGAAGAAAAGAUAAAAAUGGAAGAAAUGCAACUUAAAGAUGGGAUCAGAAGAAAGAGAAAAGAGGAGCAGAGGAAAAUGGAGGAAGAGGAAAAGAGGAGAUUUCAAGAGGAGGAAAAGGGGAAAAAAGAAUUGGAACGAAAUAUGAUACAGGAAGAGAGAAAGAAGGAGGAAGAGACAAAAAUAAAUGAAACAAGACUUAAGGAAGAGGGGAGGAAUAGACGGAUAGAAGAAGAGGAGAGAGAAAGGAAGGAAAAUGAGGAAAAAAUAAAGGAGAGGGAUAAGAGUAGGAAAAAGGAGGAGGAGGAAACAAGGGCAAUGGAUAAAAUGAUGGCAAAGAAGAUGGAGGAAGACGAAAGGAGAAAAGAACUUGAGGUUAGGAAAAAGACUGAGGAGAUGAGGAAAAAGCUGGAAAAGGGUAAAAUUGAGGACAAAGGAAAGAAUUUGGAGGAAGAGAAGAUGAUAGCUAAGCAGAUGAAUAAGAAGGAAGGGGAAGAAAAAGAUAUUGAAGAAAUGCAACUCAAGGAAGAUGGAGAAAAGAGAAAGCAAGAAGAGGAGAUGAAACAUAAUAUUGAAUUUAGUGAUAAAAAGAAGGAAGACGUGAAAACAACUGAAGAGGACAAGAGGCCAUGGCAGGAGCAAGAAAUGAGGAAACAGAAAGAAGAAGAAGAGCACAAUAACAUGGAAAAAGAAAUAAGAUUCAAGCAAGAGAUGGAACAGAAAAGAGGCAAAAGAAAGAUGGAACCUGAGAAAAAAACAGAAGAUGAUGUGAGAAGAUAUAAAGAAGCAGACAAUUGGUGGAUUACCAACUUUGGAGUGCAGGACACCGAAAAGGAAGAGAGGCUGAAGCUGCAAGAGAAGAAAAGAGAUAAGGAUGGACCUAAAAGUCAAAACAAGACAAAGAAUAUCAGUCUGACCUCAUGCACCGUCUCUUUACAAAGCCAGUGCACAGUCAGUGCCUCCAUCUCUGAAAAUGUACAACAACUUGACCCAAACAAGAAUGUUCUCUAUACCUCCACAUCUCAAACUAUGAAACAACCAGAUGCAGAUGUAUCGCCCCGCACCUCUUCCGGCCCUUUACCCAUGUGUCUUCCGGAGCACACAGAGCAGAAGAGACUGUCAUGGAUGAGAGACUGCAUCCCGUGGUCCAGACUGUCUCUGCAGAACAAGAGCAAGCAAAAAGUGCAUGUCCGAAGUCGCAGGGGACUGCGUAGGGCCUCCGAGGCCUGUAGUCUGCCACCCGUCUGUCCUCAAACUCUGCUUCAGUCCCCAGGCUGCAGAUCCCUGCAAGAGGUUACCACGGUGACCCUGGAGGACUUGCCUGGCUGCAGCUUCGUCGCUCUCGUUCAGUGUCCUCAACUUCAAUCCCUCACCCUCAGACGCUGUGGCCUAAAAUCCCUGGAAGGCAUCAACCAGUUACAACAGCUCUGCUACAUCGAUGUAGAGGGGAAUGACAUCUCUUUUGUGGAUUGUGAAAACAUGGCGAGUUUACAAGUUCUUCGACUGGGACACAACAAGUUAACAUCCAUCCAUGGUUUGAGUGGAGCUGUAAACCUGAAUGUUCUGGACCUCUCCCACAACUCCAUCACCCGCAUUGCUGGUCUGGAGUCUAUACGGAGACUGCAGAGUUUGUCACUGGAUCACAACCAGCUGAUCAGCACCAAAGGACUGAGGGACACGUACACCCUCCUUCACCUGGACUGCUCCCACAAUCACCUGGCUGCCGUGGAGGGUGUGGAGAACUGCGCUCUGCUGCAGACCCUGGACCUAAGAUCCAACAGCCUCACUGAGCCCCCCAGUCUGAACAACCACAUCCUCCUCAGAGAGCUACAUCUAGGUGACAACAGCAUCUCGUCGCUGCAGGGCCUUGCUGUCUGCUGGCUUCCCCUCAUGCAGCACCUCUCAGCAGCUGAAAACAGAAUUACCCUCCUGCCCUCCAUGUCUGAUUUUGUGUCCCUUACAAAUUUGGAUCUUCGCUUCAACUGCAUGUCAGAACUGCAUAACGUGUGUGAAGGUGUGGAAGGAUGUCUCUUCCUGCAAGAGGUCCACCUCAUCGGGAAUCCUCUUCAGCAAGAGACUGGCUGGAGAUCCACUCUGCAGAAAGCCGUCGCUGGCCUGAGAGCCAUUGAUGGUGAGGAGACAGACUCCUUUCUGUCAGCCCCUGCUGUUCAACAGCUCAGCCUAGCCUCAAGCAGCUUCCUAACGCUUUGUCAGGCUCAGCUUAAGCAGAUUCGUGAUUUACAGCAGCAGCACAGCAGGGAGCUCAGUAAUGCCUCAACUCCCCUGGAUGCUGUGAAAAGAUCCUGUCGACACUUCACUGAGACUCUGAAACUUGCUGUGGACCAGAGGUCGGCUCACGAAUACAGCGACACCGUUGUGUCUUCAGGCGAAACAAUGCUGGAGGAAACACUGGACAUGGACAGUGCUGCUCUUAAAAAGCUUGCUGAGCACUCAGAAAUUGGGUCCACUGAAAAAGCUCCACCAGUCAUUCCAAACAGGAACAACACCAACUGGACAUUAGAGGAGAAGUUGUCCUUCAGUCAUCAAGGCCUUCACUCCUCGGCAACGAUGGAAACAACCACUUCCUUUCAACUUAAAGUGGCUCCUGUGUCCAACCAUCAAGGCCUGGACUCCAAAAACACAGCAGCAGUCGUGAUUCAGCAGCGGUGGAGGAAGUACAGACAGAAAUGUGGGAACAUCAGCAGCCCCCCCACAGCAGAGAAGGGAGGUGAAAGAGGAGGAGAUGGAGGAACGCCAGAGUCAGGACCUUCUGAUGUUGACAGAAGUGUUGUUGGCCAAGAUUAUGCAGCAACUAUCAUCCAGGCGUUCUGGAGGGGCUUCGCUCUGAGGAGGAGGCUUGAAACUGCUCUGGCUGCUGUCACAUGGCCCGACAGCGGAGAGGACGAAGCCUUUGAGGGGGUAGACGUGCAUGGAUUUGUCUUUGAUGAGGCAGCACUGGAGAAGCACUGGACAUUGCCAGUUUCUGAAGAAUCAUCUUCCAGAUAUCAUCAUGGUUCCGAGCAGCCACUUUCUCUCAAGCCUCCUGGGCCCUUUCCUGAACCUUCCCAGUACACACUCCCACCAACACCCUUAUGGAGGCCGAAGCAGGCCUGGGUGGCAGGAGAACAAGUGGACUCCACAGGGAUGAAGGUUUCAUCAGAGAGUUCUAUCAGAAGCAAAUCUCCUGCUUCAACUGCAGCGCUCAGUGGUCUCUCUGCAAGAUCAGAAAAGAUUGUGCAAGAAUGGGGGUUCCAAGACAGCAACACAGCUCUUCUGAUGCUCAAGAGAGCUCACAAGAUGAGUUCCAAGAAGCACCAGCAGAAUAAAUAUCGAGAUCCCUCCGUCUGCCUUGCAUUGUUCAGAAACAGCAACUACCAGCAGACUCCAAUGGAGGCACGAAACAGGCCUGCCCCGCACAACAGAAAUCAUGUGAAAGAGUGCAGAGCAAAGCUGGAGCUUCAGCAGGCGGAGGUGAUGGAGCAAGUGAAGCAGGAACGAGCUCAGCAGUGGCUGCACACCCAGUCUGACAGGGACUCAGAGAGUGAACAUUUCCUACCAGAGAUCAGCUCAAUCGUUCUGAGUGGAGGGAGAGUGCAGCUGGUGGCUGACCCAGGACGCGCUGAACGUCUACAUCACGGCAGUGGAUUGUGGGCCAGCAGCAGUUUACUUGCCCAACCCUGCAAAGAGAGAAAUAAUCAUUGCAGCAACUCUUUGGGUCAUGCAAGAAAAAAGGUUCCAUCUCCACAGCGCGUCCAGUCUUCUCCAUCAAGAAAGGAACGCAUCUCCUUUCGAGACAAUCCGGUGCAGCUGAGUGGUGGCUGGGGAGGAGGGAAGAAAAGGGACAGAGUGUACAAGUAGAACAGCAACUCCACGGCGACGACGACAUCUCUUCUUGUUCCUGCCCUGACACAGCACCAUUUAAAGUAGAUAGAACUAUAACUCCCAUACAGCAACGCUGCCUUUGAUACAAAUUUUAUGUCUUAAGUUAUUAAAUAAAUCUUUGUUAGGGCUUUAUCAGGAGCGUUAAAUGGUUAUUUCUUCCUUCCAUGAAGACAAAUUUCCUUAGUUUGAUGUAUAAUGUUAUUUUAUCACCUAUGCUGAAUCCCCUCUGCAGCUGUUCCUUUUAAACUCAGCUGAAAACAUGGGCUCCCUCUCCUGGAAAUUAAUUAAGACCAAUAUGAGCCAGAACAGCCCAAAUAUCCUCAGGCCCUUUUCUUACGGUGAUUCUGCUCAAGUAUCAGGACCUGAAUGGAGCAAAGUCACAAACCUUCAACGAAUGACACGCUCCAUAUGCAAAUGAUGGCAGGAAAUAAAAACCAGGACGUAAAGUACCUGUGGAUUCCUGUUGAACUCCCGUCUCUGCACUGAUAUUCUCUCUCGACGGUAAAUAUAGUUUGAAACCAUGGGAAGAGUUGUGCCUUUUCUCCUUCUCCUCUCCCUUAAGAGCAAACUUUGAUAAAGGCCAGAAAUCUGUGCAAUUUCUCCAUUCUGUUGAUAUAUUUAGCUCCUGCUUACCAACAGCGGCCAUGAAAUUGCUGCCUUUAUGAGCCAAACACAAACAUUGGUGUUGGAAUUAGAAGACUGUUUUCUUUAUUUUCAACCGUUGAUUAUAACGACCUUUUCUGUGUAUUUGAAUUAAGGCGUCCGUUCACAAACACUGCCCCACCGGAGGUGGUGAACCUCAGGCUCAGAGGUUCCUCGCUGGUCGGCUGCCUAGAAAUGAUAACUUAAUUAAUGUCAAAACAAAUAGUCUGAUCUGCGGAGUGGCUCCCUGGCAGGAAAUGCAUAUCUCUCCAGCUUGUCUCUGUGUUUAUUUUUCUUCUAUCUUUCACUUACACAUGUCUGGAGGGUGUGUUAUGACUGUACUCGAGCUGAUGGGGAUUUGUGUCUCGGUGAGUGGCGUAUGCCAGAGAUGUGGUGGUCUUUCCCACUUGGAGGCUGUUGUGAAACCCAAGAGGACGGUCCUCCCUCAGGCGGAGACUGAUUCGUCAAGCCCCGCGGGGGACAGCGAGUGAGUGGGGGUGUCUGUCAUCAGACUGUCAUUAUACAGCUGUACAACGUACAACUGGAAAAUCCAGAUUGUUGUUGCAUAUAAAACAUGAUCAGAUAGGUGACAUUAAAACACAUCGUGUCACAAGGUUCAGAUCUACCAGACUCCGACUCCUCUUCUACGACUAUUGCUUCUGAAAUGAUAUUGUUAAACAUCAACGUCAUCCACCAGCCAUCAUUAAAGUUGUUUACUUUUGUAUUAUGGGUAAAUUAUAUGUAACCAAAAUGCGUUGCCUGGUGAAAUUAGUGCUGCGCCACACAUUUAGAUAAGAUGAAGAAUGUCCCUCUCAGCUCAGACUGCGCUGCCAGCCUGACCUCAAGUCAGCUAACGUUGUCAAAUGGAGUCUGGCAGAGAGAGGUUUUGUAUCCACAUUGCUCCAUGUGAUGUCUUCAAAUGCAUUAAAGGACUUUAACAGUG